CAGCCUUUCCAGCCAUAAAAGGUUGGGAGUGUUGCUUUCACAUUCCACUGACUACAGUCAUUAUUUUUGUUCUGGACCUCAGGGUCCCUCAACCCUGGUCCUGAUAGCCACUCUGCUGGAUUGAACUUUUGGUGGAUUUCUCUCUUCUUCUCAUUCAUCCUUGUACAAGACUGAAAUUCUAUCAUUCUUAAUUUGACUACUGAACAUUCGAAAGUGUGGGCUGAGCUAAGAGAAAUCCAGGAUGUCUUUACCAUUCUACCAGAGGCAUCAUCAACAUUUUGAUCGUGCAUAUCGCCACAAGGAGCUGGAGUCCACUCUAAGUCAGUACCAAAGGGAGGAGAAGCGCAAAUCUGCCAUCUACACUCAUGGAUCUACCGCCUAUAGUAAGGAAGCUGCAUUAGCCUACCACCAUGACCAGCAGUCUGCAGCAUCUAGCCAUGAAUUGGCAGAAUCCUAUGCCCAUGAAUCAGCAGCUCACAGUAAAAGAUCUUCAGCCCUCAGCCUAGGAUCUGAAUUGAUCAGUAAGAAAGCUGAAGCCUACCAUCAUGGAUCUGAGUUGGUCAAUAAGAAAGCUGAAGCCUACCGCCUUGGAUAUGAAACCUACAGUCGAGGAAAAAUGUUGGAAGAUUAUUCUUUCAAGUUAAGUCCCAAAGCAAAGCGGGCUAAGCAGAGUAUAUUGUCAGAAGAAGAGAAGGAAAACACAGCUAUUGAAUAUGUAGUACCUAUAUUCAGAGGAAGACAAACCCAUAUCAGCGGGAUUACAGACACAGAAGAAGAAAGAAUAAAGGAAAGUGCUGCAUAUAUUGCGAGAAGGAACCUUAUGGCGGCUGGGGAAGGAAUUACUGCAACCAGAAAGGAAACUUCAUCUUCUGUGCAAGAAGAAACACAUCAGAAGAAGUCAAGAAAAAUAGCAAUACAAGAGACAGCUGAAGAAAUGGUUCUAAAGAAAACGUUAAGUGAUAAGAUAGAAUUCCACAGAAAGUUAAAUGAAGACCAACUGUUACAUGCUCCUGAAUUUGUUAUCAAACCUCGAUCCCACACUAUCUGGGAAAAGCAGAAUGUCAAAUUACACUGCACUGUAACUGGCUGGCCGGAGCCUCGUGUUACAUGGUACAAAAACCAUGUUCCCAUCAAUGUCCACAUUAAUCCUGGCAAAUAUGCAAUCGAAAGUCGGUAUGGGAUGCACUCUCUGGAAAUAAACAAAUGUGAUUUUGAAGACACUGCACAGUAUCGUGCUUCUGCCAUGAAUGUAAAAGGAGAGCUUUCAGCCUAUGCUUCCUUGGUGGUGAAGAGAUACAAGUCGGAGUUUGAUGAGAGUUGUUUCCAUGCAGGAACUGUCACCUUACCCUUGAGCUUUGGUGUUACUCCACAUGGCUAUGCCUCCAAGUUUGAGAUCCACUUUAUAGAUAAAUUUGAGGUUUCCUUUGGAAGAGAAGGUGAAACAAUGAGUCUGGGCUGCUCAGUUAUCAUUCACCCCGAGAUUAAACGGUUCCAGCCGGAAAUCCAGUGGUAUAGGAAUGGAGUCCUAAUUUCUCCAUCCAAAUGGGUCCAGACACAUUGGAGUGGAGAAAGAGCUACAUUGACCCUGACUCAUGCCAACAAAGAGGAUGAAGGCCUUUACACCCUCCGUGUGGUGAUGGGGGACUAUUAUGAUCAGUACAGUGCUUAUGUUUUUGUUCGAGAUGCUGAUGCCGACAUACCAGGAGCCCCUGGUUCUCCACUGGAUGUGAAGUGUUUGGAUGCUAACAAGGAUUAUGUCAUCAUCUCCUGGAAACAACCAGCUGUUGAUGGAGGAAGUCCCAUCUUGGGAUACUUCAUUGAUAAAUGUGAAGUUGGCACUACCCACUGGUCUCAGUGCAAUGAGACACCAGUGAAGUUUGCUCGCUUCCCAGUCACAGGUUUAAUAGAAGGGCGCUCCUACAUAUUCCGAGUUCGAGCUGUGAAUAAUGCUGGUGUGAGCAUUCCAUCCCGGAUUUCAGACCCCGUAGCAGCCUUGGAUCCUGCCGAUAGGGCCAGACUUAGAAGUCAUCCCUCUGCCCCCUGGACUGGACAGAUUAUUGUCACUGAGGAGGAACCUACAGAGGGCAUUGUUCCUGGACCACCUUUAGACCUCCAUGUUACAGAAGCCACAAAGAACUAUAUUGUGCUCAGUUGGAAACCUCCGUUUGAGCGGGGCCAUGAGGGUGUCAUGUACUUUGUUGAAAAGUGUGUUGCAGGAACUGAAAACUGGCAGAGGGUGAAUACUGAGAUACCUGUAAAGUCCCCUCGCUUUGCACUUUUUGACUUAGCUGAAGGGAAGUCCUACCAGUUCCGUGUCCGUUGCUGUAAUUCAGCUGGAAUUGGUGAGCCCUCAGAAGCUACUGAAGCCACUGUGGUUCGUGACAAACUUGAUAUUCCUAGUCCUCCUAGCCAUCUUAUACCUGUCAGAAAUACAGACACCUCAGUAGUUGUCACUUGGACAGAAUCCAAAGAUGCAAAAGAGUUGAUUGGAUAUUACGUAGAAGCAAGCAAAGUCGGAUCUGGUCACUGGGAACCAUGCAACAAUAAUCCUGUGAAAGGCACAAGAUUUACUUGCCAUGGACUUACUACUGGGGAUCACUACAUUUUCCGUGUCAGAGCUGUUAAUGCAGCAGGACUCAGUGAGUAUUCACAGGAGUCAGAAGCCAUUGAAGUCAAGGCAGCUAUUGGGGGAGGAUUGCUUCAUGAUGUAUGUCCUGGACUAAGUGGUAAAGCUGAUGGACUAACAGACCACACUGCCAACUGGGAAGGCAUGCAUGAGUCCUCCCAGCCUAUCUUUGACACAGAUGCUUUGUUAAAACGCAAUGCUAAACCUAACAGGCAAACAGUGCCCGAUAGCUCUGGUAAGCAGAGGAGUCCGACAGACAAUAAAGUGAGUGAAAAAGUUCCAUCUCCUUCAUCACAAAAAGCAGCUACGGAUAGCUCUGGUAAGCAGAGGAGUCCAACAGACAAUAAAGUGAGUGAAAAAGUUCCAUCUCCUGCAUCACAAAAAGCAGCUACCAAGCAGGCAAGUAAGUCUCGUCCUGAGGACCGCUCAGCACUGCAGAAAAUGAAAAAGAAAGGUGACAUAGCUCCUCCAUCUCCACCAUAUGACAUCACGGUGCUUGAAAGUGUUCAUGACUCAAUGGUCCUUGGAUGGAAACAGCCAAAAACUGUCGGUGGAGCUGAUAUAACUGGCUAUUAUGUGAAUUACCGGGAAGUGAUUGGUGGAAAACCUGGAGAGUGGAAAGAAGCUAACAUUAAGGCAGUUAGUGAGAGGGCAUACAGGCUCCAUGACUUGAAGGAAAAUAUGACGUACCAGUUUCAAGUGGCUGCUGCUAACCUAGCUGGCCUUGGCCCUCCUUCUCCAGCUAGCAAGUCCUUCAAAUGUGAAGAAUGGACCAUUGCUGUUCCAGGACCACCCCAUGAUUUGUCAUGCAGUGAAGUUAGGAAAGAUUCUUUGGUUAUAUUGUGGAAACCACCAAUUUACAUUGGCCGAAGUCCUGUAACUGGUUUUUAUGUUGACAUGAAAAAAAUAGACGCACCAGAGGAACAUUGGAGGAGUGUGAACGAGAAAGCUUUUGCAAACAAAUUCUUCAAGAUCACUGGCCUAAAAGAAGGCACCAGUUAUGUGUUCCGUGUACGAGCAGUAAACCAAGCUGGAGUUGGGAAGCCUUCAGAUCCCACUGACCCUGUAAUAGCUGAAACUCGACCAGGAACAAAAGAAGUUGUGGUUGAAGUAGAUGACAAUGGAGUAAUUUCCCUGAACUUUGAAUGUGAUCAGAUGACUGCAGACUCUAAAUUCAUCUGGUCCAAGAAUUAUGAACCAAUUGAUGAUGAUUCGCGGUUAGCCAUUGACACCAAAGGUGGAAAGUCAAAAGCUAUCUUUAAAGAUCUCAGUGAAGACGAUUUGGGCAUUUACUCCUGUACUGUAACAGACACAGAUGGAGUCUCAUCAAGCUAUACAUUAGAUGAGGAAGAAAUGAAACGCCUGCUUGCACUCAGCCAUGAACACAAAUUUCCAGUUGUCCCCCUUAAGUCUGAAUUGGCAGUUGAAAUUCUGGAGAAGGGACAGGUGCGAUUCUGGAUGCAGGCUGAGAAAUUGUCUCCUCAUGGUAAAGUCAACUUUGUAUUUAAUGACAAGGAAAUUGUUAAUGGAGAGAAAUACAAGAUGAAGGUUGACCACACUUCUGGUAUGAUUGAAAUGGUUAUGGAUAGACUUGAAGAUGUGGAUGAAGGCACCUAUACCUUUCAAAUUCAGGAUGGCAAAGCAACCAAUCAGUCCAGUCUUGUUCUUAUUGGUGACGUGUUCCAGAAACUACAGAAAGAAGCAGAAUUCCAGAGGCAAGAGUGGUUCAGGAAGCAAGGUCCACAUUUUGUUGAGUAUCUGGGAUGGGAAGUUACCCCUGAAUGCAAUGUGUUACUGAAAUGCAAGGUAGCCAAUAUUAAGAAAGAAACACACAUUGUUUGGUACAAAGAUGAAAGAGAGAUAAUGGUUGAUGAAGAACAUGACUUUAAGGAUGGUGUAUGUACUCUGCUGAUAACAGAGUUUUCUAAGAAAGAUGCUGGUAUAUAUGAAGUAAUAUUGAAAGAUGACAGAGGGAAGGACAAGAGCAUAUUGAAGCUUCUGGACACAGCUUUUGCAGAUUUGAUGACGGAAGUAUGCAAAGUGAUUGCUUUAUCUGCAACAGAACUGAAAAUCCAGAGCACAGAAGAAGGCAUCAGAUUAUAUUCAUUUGUUAGCUACUACUUGGAAGAUCUGAGAGUGAGCUGGUCACACAAUGAUGUUAAAAUGAAGUAUACAGAAAGAGUGAAGACUGGUGUUACCGGGGAGCAAAUCUGGUUGCAAAUCAAUGAGCCAACACCCAACGACAAGGGAAGAUAUAUAUUGGAGCUCUUUGAUGGCAAAACUGGACACACAAGGACAGUGGAUCUUUCUGGGCAAGCCUUUGAUGAAGCCUUUGCUGAAUUCCAGAGGUUAAAAGCAUUGGCUAUUGCAGAGAAAAAUCGUGCCCGGGUGCUUGGAGGGCUGCCCGAUGUUGUCACUAUCCAGGAAGGCAAGGCGCUUAAUCUUACUUGCAGUGUCUGGGGAAACCCUGCUCCAGAAGUUUCAUGGCUGAAGAAUGAAAAGCUUCUGACAGGAGAUGAUCACACCAUCCUGAAAUAUGAACCAGGAAAACAAGCAUGCUUCACCAUCACGGCUGUCAGUACAGCUGACUCAGGGAGAUACAGCCUUAUAGUGAAAAACCAGUAUGGCACAGAGACUAGUGAUUUAACUAUAAGUGUGUUCAUACCUGAGGAAGGGAUGACCCAUGUCCCCCUUCCAGAUCAUGGCAAAGGAGAUAAGAAAAAGAAGGCAUGAAGCUAAAGCUAAGAUGGACAAGUGUUGCAGAGAAGUAGAGUUCUAUCUGGUUUAAUAAUAUGUGUGUGUAAAUGGUUUUGCCUGUGAAUAUGAAGUAGAUAUGAACCCUUCCACUCUCUUCAUUUUAGAUGUUGUGAUCAGGCAAAAAUGGGGAAUGCUCCCACUCCCAGCCUGGCUUUCUGUCACAUGAACUUAACUCAGAAGCAUAAUAGGAUAAUGUUCAUAACUCAGAAGCAUAAUAUUUAAGGAAGUCAUUUAAUCAGUGAUGUGAGUGAAAGGAU